AUGCCCACAGCGUCUUCUUCAUCGUCGCCGCACGCCGCCAGGCAAGAAGAAGCCCUCAUGCCGGGCCUCUUUGACGACCCGACAACGUCGACAACCACUCUCGCGACCCGACUCGCCGAGCCACUCGCUUCCACUUCACACCUCCUCGACCUCGUCGUCCCGCCGCUCGCCGCCUGCCACGCCCUCGACGACCUCACCGACCUCGUCGCCACGCACGGGCACGCCGACGCUCCUGUCGACGUCCGCCGAUUCGUCAGGCGCCAGCUCGGGCUCGUGCAGAAGGUCCUCGUCGAGCGCGUGUGGCCCGAGUGGGAGGCGGCGCUCGUUGCCGACGACAGCCAGCCCGGUCAUCUCGUCCUCGAGCGUUUCUUCGUCCCGCCUGCAUCAUCCUUUGCGUCUACCUCAUCGUCAUCGACCAGUUCCGGCGCCGAGAUUGCCCUGUCGGCCUACGCCGUCCUCUCCUCGCUCCUGUCGGCCAAGUCGGCGUCGACGCUCCCGCCCAGGUCGAUCGAGCUCGCGACCGACCUCCUCGCCAAGCUCGUCCGCGUCUUCAACGUCAAGGACCUGUACCUGUCGACGAUCGCGGCGAGCAGCCGGUCCGCCGUCGGCUCGAGCGGCGACGAGGACGAGAACGACGAGCGCGCCGAUCCUGUGGCCGUUGCGCGCUUCGACUCGUCGCUGCGGCACCUGUCGAGCGCUCCGACGCGGGCCGCAAACGCGUGGGGCGUCAUGCGGGAAAAGGAGAAGGGGGCGCCGUUCACGUCCACCUUCGGCUCGUCCUACCUGGCCCUCCUCUCGCACCUCUCGGCCGACGCCGACUUGGCCGUCCACCCUUCGUCCCUCGCCCAGCCGCUCGUCGUCCUCCUCUCGUCGCCGCGCUUUACCUCGCACGCCCUAUCCCACCUGAUCCCGCUCUUCCUCCCUCCCACGUCCUUCCCCACGCCUGCCGACGAGCUUCUCCAACGCCGGCGACACCGCGACCUGUGGCAGCGCACGGUCCCCGAGCUCUCCGAGCGCGACCUUGCCCGCUUCAUGCGGCAGGUCCUUCAGGAGCUCAACCGGCGCCUCGGUCACCCGUCGAACGUCGUGGCUGCCGCCCGAGGCGCCGCGUUCGUCCUCGAGACGCUCUUUGGCCCGCUCGCGCCGGGCAAGUCGUCGACCUGGCGGGCGGCGCGAGUCGUCCUGUUCGAGACGUCGGCGCGGUGGAGCUCGUCGAUGCUGCCGCCGGCGGUCAGCUGGUGGGCCGGCGGGAGCGAGGAGGGCAAGCGGGCGCUCGUCGAGGCGGCGCUCGAGGUCUGGGGGUCGAAGGAGGAGGCGCGGAGCGGCAGCGACAGUCGGCGGCGCUUCACGGCCGCCCUCUUCCUCUCGAGCGUCGUCUCGCUCCCCUCCCUCGAUCCCUCUCUCGUCACCCUCUCCCGCUCGCCCUCGUUCCUCAACGCUGUUUCGACGCACUUUGCCCUCGUCGCUCCUCUACCUCGCCUCCUCGGCAUGCUUGUCGCCGAGAUCGUCUCGAGCCGGACGGUCGAGCCCAACAGCGAGCUCAAGCCGCUCUCGUUCGGCGACGACAUGUGGGCCGGCGACAAGCCCGAGCAGCGCAUCGUGCGCGAGCUGCGCGCCUCAGUCGACGAGCUGUCGCGCGCGACGGCGUCGGGCAAGGUCGACGGGUGGCCAGACGCGCUGCGCGAGGCGUUCGCCGCCGGCGAUGACGAGCAGGCUCGAGCGUCGGCUCGUCGUCCGCCGCCGCCGAGGUCCAACACGGUCCCGCUCCAGGCGUCGUCGGUCGAGGAGCCCGUCGUCGCCGCGCCGACCAAGCGCCCGCUCAUCUCGAUCAUCGGCUCGGACGACGACGACGGCGACGACGACGACGACGACCUCAAGCCGUUCGCGCUCCCGCCGGGCCCGUCCGAGGCGGCGCUCGAGGCGCUCGCGUCGGCCGACCCGGCGCUGUACCACUCGGCGCUGCCCUCGCAGGCGUCGGCCACGGCCGGUCCCGCCGGCAGCGCGAGCCAGACGCGCCGGCGCGGCAAGCUGCGCCCGCCGGUCUACGUCGCCGAGCUCGUCGCGUACCUCAAGGGGCAGGACCCGCAGGGCGCAAAGGAGGAGGCGGACGGCGAGGCCGAGAGGGUCGAGGUGGGCCUGCGCGAGGGAGAAGCGCUCGUUCGGCGCAAGGCUGGGUGGGGAGGAGAACUGCGCGAGAACGCCGUCGACCUCGCGUUCGCGAUCAUGGCGCUGCAGAACCAGUUCGAGCUCGACCGGUUCGAGGAGCAGAAGCAGGCGAUCCUCGUCGCCCUCAUCGUCGCCUGUCCUGCCGAGGUCGCUCCCGCCGUUAUCGAGCAGUACUUCACGACGUCCUACUCGACCGCGCAGCGCCACAUCCUCCUCGCCUCGCUCGCCUUUGCCGCUCGCGAGCUGGCGGGCCUGUCCAUCCCGUCGUCCAACCCGUCGUCGACCAAGUCGCUGCCGAGCGCCGACCUGUUCCCCUCGAAGCAGCUCCCUCCCGCCCUCCACCACCGCCUCGUCCCGCCCGCUCGCCAGCCAGGCCAGCUCGAGGCGAUGUCAGCCGACUUGACGCGCAUGGCGCUCUCGGGCGCCCGCGAGGACGCCGAGGGCACACUGCCCGGCGCCGCGAGGGAGAAGCUCCUGAGCGUGCGGGCACGCUCGACGACUCGAUCAGCCGCCCUGUCCAAGUCGCAGCCCACCUCGUCGACACCGACAUACACCUCGCUCGCCGCCGAGUCGUUCAUCCUGCCCCUCGUCAACCGGUUCUGGCUCUACCUGCGCGACACGGCGACCUCGUCUCUCUCGUCGUCGCGAGCCGGGUCGUACGGCGGCGGCGUCGGCGCGCCCGUCCUCCUCGAGCCGAUCGUCCUCGGUCGGUUCCUCGCGACGCUCGCCGUCCUCGUACACGCGGCGCGCCACUCGCCGGCCUUCCUCGCCGUCAUCGUCCCCGAGGUGAUCGGCUUCGUCCUCGCCAUCAAACCGAGCGGGCCCUCGGCCGUGCGCGCCGCCCGUCCUCGGCAUCGCGCCGCCGACGACGACGACGACGACGACGAGUCGGGCCUGGACGAGGACCUGGUCACGAGCGCAGCGCUCGAGCUCGUCCUCGUCGCGCUCGACGCGACGGUCCAGCUCGACGGCGGGCGCACGCUUAUGUCGUCGUCGACGGCCAAUGGCGGCGGCGGAGCGCUCGUCGUCGACGUCAAGGAGUGGGCCGAGGGCGUCUUUGAGCGCGAGGAGCGCCGAGGUGGGCAGGACGGCGUUGGUCGAGCGGGGAGGGCGGCGGCAGGUGUCCUGCUCCGGGUCGAGGAGGUAUCGGCCAAGUGGCGCCUCAGCGUCGGUUGGUAGCGGCAGACGCGUGCAUCAAGAACUAGUGCGCUCGGUC